CACCAAUAUUAUUGAUUGAUGACUUUUCAAAAUAAUUUUAGCAUUAUUUUCUCUCUCCUCCUAUUUAUGACCUGUGAUCACAUUGCCAUUUCUUCCCUCUCUUCUUUACACCAUCAUCUAUCCCAUUUCAACAAAUUCAAUUAAACUACCAACCUUUUUUUUCUUUCAAAGAGAAAUAAAUCUAUCAAUUUGACAACAUAACAAUGUCGUGGCAAACUUACGUCGAUGAUCACUUGAUGUGUCCCAUCGAAGAAACCCAAUACCACCUCGCCGCCGCCGCUAUCGUCGGCUUGGACGGUAGCGUUUGGGCUCAAAGCUCCACCUUCCCCCAGUUGAAGCAAGAAGAAGUGAAGGCAAUUGUCAAUGAAUUCGACGUACCAAAUACGUUGGCACCCACAGGUCUUUUCCUUGGAGGAGAAAAGUACAUGGUUAUUCAGGGAGAGCCUGGAGCUGUUAUUCGUGGGAAGAAGGGACCGGGUGGUGUGUGUGUUAAGAAGACUAACCAAGCUCUAGUCUUCGGAAUCUACAACGAGCCAGUGACUCCAGGACAAUGUAACAUAGUUGUGGAGAGGUUGGGCGACUACCUUAUCGAUCAGGACAUCUAGGCUCAACACACUAUACAUUAUAUACAAGUACAUCAUAAGGAAUUAAAGUACUAUGGAGUUAGUAUUGUAUUGUUCUUUUGGGAUACAUUUUGUCUUGUUUUAUUUUGUUGUCAUGGGAUUUAAGUGUGCAUACAUACCUUCCUCUGAUGUACUAAGAGUGGAGUAUUAUUGAUGCAGAAAAUAACAGUGUGAAAUACAUAGAGUGUGAAGUUAUAGGCCUUUGCUUAUCAUAUUUAUUUGUUAUCCUUUACUAUUCCAUUGUGUAUACCAUUGCCUAUGUGCAUGGUUUUUUUAAUUUAUUUGUUUGUGACAUAGGAUUCUUUUUGUUGAAUGUCAUGAAAGUUAUUUUUGGUGAGUGAAAA